CACAAACCUCGACACCAAUCACCAUAGCUGUGCACACGAUACCGAGCACCUUAGCCCUAGUCACGAGACUUCUCACCCGAACCACAACCACCACAGAAUCAUCACCAUGGUACCACCAUAUCCUCCAGGGAUGGCGCCUAUUCAGCGACUUCCAACUGAGCUCAAGGACCUCAUCUGUGAAUUUGCAGGUUUUGAGGCUCAUCGCACUCGCGAUUACCAUGUUUCCCGGCCGGACGAGACACUUUCACAGGAUGAUGCUUAUACCUGGACGCCUCAUUCUUUAAUGCCGGAUAUGGAGCGGAGGAAUACGGAGGUAUACGACGAUUUUCGAUCCUUGUCGCUCGUCUCCAGAGACUUCACCCCGUCAGCACAACGUGCCCUUUUCACAAUUGUCGCCCUUCCACAACCCAUUUCCUACUUUCGGCUCCUCCGUAGUCUUCUCCUGAACCCGCAGAACGGACGUUAUAUUCGAUGUCUCAUCCCAGUUUCACACCGCUCAUUGGAUAAUAUAGUCUUCAGGGAGGCCAACAAGCGCGCCCUCCGGAAAGAGCUCUUCCAGAUGUUCACUCCCACAUUCUGUGAGGAGGCGGUUGAGAUACUCAACGUCCCAAACCCUUAUUUGUUCCCCGGCACAGUUCGAAGUCGCCUGGUUGUAUCUUGGAACCCCCACCCAACGGCCUUGAACCACAAGACAAUCCAGGUAUCCGGAUCUUCCAGCCCCACCAUCGCAGCCGGCGACGACAUCGAGGUUCACCACCAGAUCCCAUCAAGUCGAUUCUUCCCUCAGCUUAUGUCCGAAGCCCUCGAAGCCGUCAUUCCACUCUGCCCUCAGCUCCGAGCCUUCCAUCUCCUCUGCAGACAGGCCCCGCCCGACGCAUUACCUUUCCAUUCCUCUGCCUCCUGGCCUCUCAGCCUUCCCAUCGGACAAACGCUCUUCAACUCCAACCCCCUCCUGACCACCUUGACCGUCGACUUCCGCGCCCUGGCCGGAGCCUUGAAGCCGUCGCGCUUCACCACUUCAUCCCUCCAACGCCGCCACCUUCUGCCCGCCACCAUCACCCAUCUCUCUCUCAUUGGACACCCUUUGUUCGACGGUUUGCACGUCACCCCGAUGAGUUUGUUUGCGCUGGGCACCUGGCUCAGCGAGAACCAUGGACUGAGAAGCCUGCGCGUCUUGAACGGGCUGGCCCACACCACUCAUGCGUUCGGACAGAGGACCUGGAAUUGGAAUACCAUUCUCCUGAGAUAUAAACACUCGCUCGAAGAACUGGAGCUCGACGGUCGCGGGUUGUUGCUUCGCCAGCCCUUCUCGGCGAGAAAGUUACUGGGGCUGGGUAAUGACUCUGGUGUUCUGGAUUUGUUUGGUGAGGCGAAGGUUUUGAGUUGCUUGGGGCAGAUGGAGCGGUUGAAGGUAAUCAAGGUGCCGCUGCAUUACCUUAGGCGAGUUAGGGUUCAAGAGUGGUGGGACCCGAUGCUGGUGUCAAUGUUCAAGGUUCCCGGAGUUGACAUUGUUGAAGUGAUUGCGGAUGAAGAUGGAAGGGAGGUGAUGGAACCGGUGGUGAGGCGGGAGCAGGAUAUUCAAGUGGAUGUGGAGUUUCCAGUGGGGGCCGAGAGGAUUGAGGUGGUGGUACCUGGAGAGGUAAAGAGAUUAAGGUUCCCGCGCGAUAAGGUGAUCACGGGGGUCAGGACCGUGGUAGUGAGAGGGGAGGAAGCGGGGGAUGAGAAUGAGGAAGAGCGUGGAUUCCGACACUCCUACAUAUUGUGCAAAUUCGAGCUCUGGCACGAUGGGAUGGAACAGCCGGGUGGCAAGGUGAAUGUUGCCGCCGUGUUUACCCCAGGCGGGUAG